UUAUAUUAACAAAAUAUGGCGGCUGUCGCUGCAACAGCCGAUAUGACGAUUCAAAAGAAUUCACAAAUAUUAGUGCAUGUUGAGGAAGCGUUGGCUGAUUUAAUAGUGGUUUCCUACAGUUCAGAGAAUAAGAAAUUUCAAGGUGUACUUUUGGACUCUAACAAAGGUAAUUUGCCUUUUGGAGUAUACAGUCUAAACCCAGCGUUUUCCAAAUCAACUUCAUCCACCUAUAAUACCGAUGAUAAGCUACAUUCCGCUAGUCAAAGAUUCACAUACCAAGAGCCUCAGUAUGCGACCGAAAACCCGCACAAGCCUAAAAAAAAUGGACCCAAGGCUAAGCCGCAGCAGAAGCAAAAGAUGACGGUGCGAUUGAGACCGCGUAAGGUCUUGUGCUCUAAUUGUAAAGGUAUCUGUAAUGAGAACAGCGAAAACGUGGACGUGUCGAAGAAACGGAAGCUUGACUCCGAUGACGACACUGCCCACGAUAACAUCGAACCGUCAAAUUCCAGGAAAAAGUAUCUCGAAGGCAACUCUCUCAUACCAAGAAUAUCGCGUCUGCAACCGAGUGAGAUAUCUAACGCCAUGAAAGGGUCCUCUAAAAACUCUAAUAAGAGUAGUGAAAAGUCAAGUAUCAAGGUUGAAAGUUCACUUUACAUCCCCACAAAGGAAAUGGCAUUUGUCAGCGUAUCCAGUGACAGUGAGAAAGAUCCUAAGGAUGAUCCUUCACUCACAUCCAUGUUCCAGAGUGCAAGAACAUUAAAAAUAUGUUUCGGUGAAGGUGAAGGCACUGUAGUCAAAAUACCGCCCAUUACUGGAGACUACAAUGAAGACUCUGGUGUGUCAUUUGACAUGGCUAAACCUUCCAAACCAGAUUUAAAGGCUGCCAGAAAAGCAUUGAAAAAAGCUAAAAAACAAGCCAAGAAAAACACCAUUACAAUCAAGACAGUAGUACGGAGAUCACCUAAACAUAUUGGAGCUCUGUCUCCCCGUAACAACGUUUCCAAUAGCCCUCAUCCUGCUGUGGAUCCCCUAGAAAAGAAACAAAAACACAAAGCAAAACAUAAAAAGAAACACAAGUUCCAAAAGACCAGCGAUGAAAAUGUUACUGAAAGUGAGUCUAUUAAUUACUUUAGUGAUAUUAAAGAGCACUGCCUAAAACAGAAGCUGUCUAUAAGUCUAAGGAGGUUGAGUAGUAAUUCUUAUGAGAGACGGAACGAGCAGGAUGUUGCAGAAAGUGGUUCAGACGAUUGGGAAAGUGAUUUGGUACCGAAUUUCCCGGCUACAGAGAUGGAAGGUGCUGGAGCGAGAUUGGUGGGAGUAGCGCCUGGUGAUAUAGUCUGGGGUAAAGUUGUAGGGUUUCCAUGGUGGCCCGGGAGAGUGCUAAGCGUAACACCAACAGCUAGAGCCCACGUUGCAUGGUUUGCUUCCACCACCUCAUCACUAAUGCCAUGUGACAGUUUGAGUCCAUUUUUAGAGGAUUUCAAGAUGCGUUUCAACAAAAAAAAGAGAGGAGCUUACAAAGAGGCUGUAAAAAUGGCUACAAUAGAAGCAAAGAUGAAUGAAUCUCUAACGCAGGACCCUCUAGCGAGCCCCACGCAGUCCAACCUAGUAAACCAAUCACCGAGACCUAUAGAUGUUUUCUCGUAAAAUUGUGAUGGUAUGGUGUACUGCCAAAAUUCAAUGUAUGUGAUAUUUUUUAUUGUACUGCACAAAAUUGGUAAUUUGUAAGUUUGACUGCAGAAAU